GAGCUUCUUCCUUGGGGGUAACAGUAAGCAGCUGUCCUGCCGAGCUGAGCUGAGCUGAGCUCACAGCUGGGGACCCUGUCUGCGAUUGCUGGCUAAUGGAUCCCAAAGGAUCCCUUUCCUGGAGAAUACUUCUGUUUCUCUCCCUGGCUUUUGAGUUGAGCUACGGAACAGGUGGAGGUGUGAUGGAUUGCCCAGUGAUUCUCCAGAAGCUGGGACAGGACACGUGGCUGCCCCUGACGAAUGAACAUCAGAUAAAUAAGAGCGUGAACAAAAGUGUCCGCAUCCUCGUCACCAUGGCGACGUCCCCAGGAAGCAAAUCCAACAAGAAAAUUGUGUCUUUUGAUCUCUCUAAAGGGAGCUAUCCAGAUCACCUGGAGGAUGGCUACCACUUUCAAUCAAAAAACCUGAGCCUGAAGAUCCUCGGGAACAGGCGGGAGAGUGAAGGAUGGUACUUGGUGAGCGUGGAGGAGAACGUUUCUGUUCAGCAAUUCUGCAAGCAGCUGAAGCUUUAUGAACAGGUCUCCCCUCCAGAGAUUAAAGUGCUAAACAAAACCCAGGAGAACGAGAAUGGGACCUGCAGCUUGCUGUUGGCCUGCACAGUGAAGAAAGGGGACCAUGUGACUUACAGCUGGAGUGAUGAGGCAGGCACCCACCUGCUGAGCCGAGCCAACCGCUCCCACCUCCUGCACAUCACUCUUAGCAACCAGCAUCAAGACAGCAUCUACAACUGCACCGCAAGCAACCCUGUCAGCAGUAUCUCUAGGACCUUCAACCUAUCAUCGCAAGCAUGCAAGCAGGAAUCCUCCUCAGAAUCGAGUCCAUGGAUGCAAUAUACUCUUGUACCACUGGGGGUCGUUAUAAUCUUCAUCCUGGUUUUCACGGCAAUAAUAAUGAUGAAAAGACAAGGUAAAUCAAAUCACUGCCAGCCACCAGUGGAAGAAAAAAGCCUUACUAUUUAUGCCCAAGUACAGAAAUCAGGGCCUCAAGAGAAGAAACUUCAUGAUGCCCUAACAGAUCAGGACCCCUGCACAACCAUUUAUGUGGCUGCCACAGAGCCUGCCCCAGAGUCUGUCCAGGAACCAAACCCCACCACAGUUUAUGCCAGUGUGACACUGCCAGAGAGCUGACCCAUAUACCCAGUGAAAGGACUUUUUGAAGGAGGAUAGAAGAACCAAAAUCCACACUGAACUGGACCCCGGGUCCCAAGUUCUCUGUGACAGAAACUGCACAUCUGUAACCUUCUCCAAUCAGUUCCCUGGUGACGGAUCUGCACAGGCGUGCUUAUGAAGUAGAUGAGAAGUGAGGCUUCCUGGGCAUGCAACCUGCUCUGCUGCUGACACAGAUAUGAAGCAGAGAUCCCGUGGUACAGUGUACCAUCUUUGCUGUAGCAGAUAAUGUGGGUUUAGGCAUCUCACUCUUUGCUGGACUGGAUAACAGAACUCAAAAAAAAACCAACAAGCCAAAGACAUAGACUCCAUCUCAGAUGGCUGAGCACAAAGUAUAAAAGCCAUUUUGGCUCUCUGGACUUUAUUCUGGAAGCUGAUCCUGAUCACCUCAAGGCCAAGGGCUCCAUGCCUCAGUUUCUCUCUCACCCUCUAGAUGAAGAGGGAACAAAGCAUAAAGAGUGAAAUCCUUGUUGUCUGAGAUCAUUCUAUAAACGAACUGACAUUUUAUUUGCAAAACUCAAGCUAGUAAUUCAGUAGACUUGAAGAUGAUUUUAGAGCCUCUUAUGCUUCAAACAACAGAAUGAAAUCCAUCCAAUGUUCUUCAAAGUGUGGUUCUCUGAUUAAGUCAAAGCAACACUGUUUGGCAAUGCUGCUGUAAAGUUGCCUGGAAUACUCAGAGGAACUUGUCCCAGGGAGGUUUUUUUCACUUCUUCAAAGAACUUUUGAAUUUAAGUUCUCUGUUUAUUCCCUUGAGCAAAACUCUGGAACCUCAAGAGUCUCUCUCCGUUGGUUCUGAGGCCAUUUUAUAGCCUAGGCCUCCUGUGGAUCUACAUGUGUAUCACCCACUUCCUAUCUCACUGCAUACCUCUGUGUAGUAGUAAAUUUAACCUCAAGUAGAAAAUUAAAUUAUUUUGGAUGAUCAGUUCCAAAUGAUUAGAUGUUUAGUCUCUUAUAAUAGGAUGUAGGUAGAGUCUAUAUAAAGUCCUAUAUUCUUCACGUUGUCUGUCCUCAGAGAGACCAUCUUUCAACCUAUCUUCCUUCUUGCACAACUUUGGCAAAUACUUUAAAAAUAACCAUUGUGGAGAUGGGGAGAGGUCUAAAUGGAUAAUAGUACUUGCUUUGCAAACAUGAAGAUCUGGGUUCAAACUCCCAGUGUCCAUGUAAAAAGAUAAGUGUGGUUGAGUGUGCCAGUAACAUAGACACAGAUAGGUCCUGAGACUUUGCUCCCUAGCCUUCCCAGCCAGGCAUAAAUGUCAAGUCCCCUGAGAGUGACAGAGGAAGAUACUCCCCCCACACACACACACAUACACGCACAGUGAUACACAUAUACAUGCAUACAAAAAAAAAACUUAUUGUAACAAAGAACACCAACUGCCUGGCUCAAAACUCUCAUGUCCCAUUACUCUGUACCUUUCUGUAUUUAGAUAAUUUACAGUGUGAGUUCUGCUGUUCCAUGUAUCCUAUUUGUGUUACUAACUUAUGUCAAAGUAUUUCUAAUUAUAAUCAACAAAAGCUAACUUUG